CUUGAUAUAAGAAUAAUAAAAAUAAUAGUAAUGGAUUCAUUUGUUAAAAUUUAAAGUCCAACUCAAUUGUAGUUCACUCAGUCCAUUAUUACAUGAUUUAUCAAAAUAUCAAAAUAAUGAGAAUAGUAAUCAUUUUGAGCAGAAGGUAAAAAAUACUCAGCCCAGCUGUGACAAGGCACAUGAGACUAGGGAGGGGGUACGGCCUCAAAUCCAUAACCUCCAUUCAAUAACACAAAUUCCUCUAAGCCAUCCUAGUCAGAUUAAUCAGUUUUCUGUGGUACUCUUAUUUUUUUAACUGUCAAAGUGUUAACGUGUGAUAAUAUACUUUCAUAGAAAGCCGGUGUUCAGACAAAAAGACAUCAUGUUUAAAAAAUUUGAUGAGAAAGACAGUGUGUCUAGUGUGCAACAAUUGAAAUCUUCUGUACAAAAAGGCAUUCGCUCAAAACUAUUAGAAACAUAUGAAUUUUUGGAUAAAUUUAUUGAUCAGAUUAUUCCUAAAAAAGAGUCUUUCAGGCUUGUAAAAUGCCAUGAUCAUAUAGAAAUUAUGGUUAACAGUGCAGGUGAACUGUUAUUUUUUAGACAGCGAGAUGGUCAAUGGAUGCCAACACUCAGACUACUUCAUAAAUAUCCAUUUUUUCUACCAAUGCAACAAGUUGAUAAAGGUGCGAUCAAAUUCGUUUUAAGUGGUGCCAAUAUUAUGUGUCCAGGCUUGACUUCUAAGGGAGCUCAAAUGACUCCAGUUGAGAAAGGGACUGUAGUUGCUGUGAUGGCUGAAGGAAAGCAGCACGCAUUAGCUAUUGGCAUUACUUCUUUAUCCACUGAUGACAUUGCUAAAGUCAACAAAGGAGUAGGUAUAGAAAACUGCCAUUAUCUCAAUGAUGGAUUGUGGCAGAUGAAAUCUGUGAAAUAAUUAAUAAAAAUAUUCAGGCAGUUUUUAUGAAUAAGAUAAUAAAAAGAUGAUUUUUACUUGAAAA